AUGUGCUUCUUCGAUGCCACUUAUGAUCUCAUCUAUGCCGUUCGAUUACUCAAUAGGCUUAUUCUUUGUGCGGUGUGUCGCAGUGUAAGCAAGGCGCUCAACCGGACUUCAUCCCCGCACAAGCAACACAAGAUUCGCGGCGUGAAUCUCGGAUCCCUCUUUAUCGUUGAACCAUGGAUGUCCAGCGCCACAUGGAAGUCGAUGGGCUGCGGCGACGCAAAGUCAGAAUGGGACUGUGUGGCUUCACUCGGACAGGAAAAGGCAGAUACCGUCUUCCAGAAAUACUGGAAUACCUUCAUCACCGCUGAUGAUUUUGACAAGAUGAAGGACUAUGGGCUCAACACAGUGCGUAUCCCUAUUGGUCACUGGUUUGUGGAAGAGACAAUUAUCCCUGAUGAAAAGUGGCCGAAAGGAGGGAUGAGGUAUCUUGACAAAGUCGCUGAACUGGCUGCUUCACGGAACAUCAGUGUGAUCAUCGACCUCCAUGGAGGGCCAGGCGUGCAGGUUCCGAACAACGCGUUCACAGGCCAUACAACCGACGACACAAGAUUCUACACUCUUGCAAACUACGCCCGCGCCUACACCUUCCUGCGCAACAUAACAGAGCGCAUCCACACCCACACGUGCUACAGCAGCACCUUCAUGCUCGAAGUGCUCAACGAGCCAGAGUCCAACCACGACACCUUAGUAUCCAACUUCUACCCGAACGCGUACUCCACAAUCCGCUCAGUCGAAGCCGAUCUCAAGAUACCCAAAUCGCACGCCCUGACAGUCCAAAUGAUGGACUCAACCUGGGGCGCCGGAAACCCGCGUCGAAAUAUGCCCAAGGGCGCGCAUGGUCUGGGGUUUGACAAUCACCGCUAUCUGACGUACAGCAACGUUCCUGUCACAAAGAAGGACUACAUGAAUGCGUCGUGCAGUGACACAUUCCCAUCUCCUGUCGGCAAGAAGUCGCUCGUUGUCGGUGAGUGGAGUCUGGCGAUCAAGCAGGAGAAGGAAUGGAGUGAUGAGUUUUCGCCUCUCAAUGAGAAGAACCAUGAUUGGUAUACGCGGUGGUGGGCGGCGCAGGUGCGGGCGUAUGAGAAGCAGAAGGGAUGGGUGUUUUGGAGUUGGAAGACCGAGUUGGGUGGAGAUUGGCGGUGGAGUUACCAGGCAGCAGUUGAGGCGGGCAUUAUUCCUAAGGAUUUUGGGAAGCUUGAGGAGCUUGCGAAGUGCUGA